AUGGAGCACUACGAAUCAAAGAUGCAGCAGCCUGUGUCAUCACCAGGGGUUCAGAAAAACGAGCCCUGCGAUGCUUUGGACAGCAUAACGACCAAUGGACUGGGCCUUGUGAACCCUGAGAAAGUAUUCAGUUUCUACAAUGAACUCCACUCGUAUCUUGCAUCUGCUGGGAUCGAUGGGGUCAAGGUAGACGUGCAGAACAUCCUUGAGACGCUGGGUGCUGGCCAUGGGGGAAGGGUACUGCUAGCUAGAAAGUACCAGCAGGCUCUAGAAGCUUCCGUCGCUAGGAACUUCCCUGACAAUGGCAUCAUAUAUGCAUGA